AUGGCCAUCAUUAUUCCCAGCUAUAAAGAAGAAGUGGAAAUACUUGAGGCGUCCUUACGAGUCCUUGCAAGCCACCGCUACGCGAAGACCUCGUAUGAUGUAUUCCUGGCCAUGGAACAAAGGGAUCCCAAUGCUGCUGCAGUAGCGACGAGCCUCAGUCACCUUUUUAAACAUAAGUUCCGAGAUCUUCAAGUUACUCUGCACCCUAGCGACAUUCCGGGAGAGGCUCCUGGAAAGAGCAGCAAUGUCAGUUGGGCUGCUAAAGCGGUUGAGAGGAAGUAUGUCAACAGCAGUAGCUGGACCGAUGUUCUAAUAACGGUAAUGGAUAGCGACACCCACCUUUUGAGCAAAUACUUUGAGCUCAUUUUCUGGCACCACUUGCGUUCCCGCGGAGAGAUCGGCCUGUCAGAUAUUACCUUUUAUAUGGCACCCAUUGUAUUUGACCGCAAUAGUAAUCAAGUACCCCGACUUGUCCGUAUGGCAGAUCUUAUGUGGUGCGGGGCAGGACUAUCAUGCUUCAAUGGGACUUUGCGCCGCAAUGCAGUCGCCAUACCUACAGCAGUGUACACCGUGUCUCUUUCCCUUGCCUGUCUUGCGGGCGGCUGGGAUUCCGGCCCAGAGGCCAUCGGCGAAGAUAUGCACAUGCUGCUUAAAUGCUAUUUCGCAACAGGAGGCCAUCUGCACACUAUCUCGAUCCCGAGCCCUGCUAGUCAAUGCAAUGUUAGCACUGGGAAGGAAGGGGUGCGAGGAUGGGUCGCCAAUCACCAAGCAAGAUAUUCGCAAGGCCUGCGACAUAUGUGGGGUUCUCUUGAUACUGGGUUCGCCGUACGACAAUGGCUCAGACUCUCGAAACCACCCGAGACCGAUGAUAGUCGUCCGUCGGCAAGGGAGGCACCUCUCCCCCCACACGUGCUCCUUCGUUUGAAGCUCGGACAGUAUUCGAGUCAUAGAGGAGAAGUCAACAAAUACACGUGGAGGAAUCUGAUUCUCUUCACUCGACUCUUUGAGGCGCACUUCUUACCCAACCACCUUUUUCUCGUCCUUGUGGCAUCUGCUGUCUACGCAUCACUGCCCUAUCCGAUCAGUCACUGCCGCAUCCUGUCAAUUACGCUUGACAUAACUUCAUACAUGAGGGCGAUAGGAUUCGCUCUGAUGACUAUCUACUUCGUCAUCUUCUAUGAGCGAUAUCAUCAAGUAUGUGUCGAAGCCAGAGAACAGGAGAUGCGGCGUGUGGGACUGUAUGAAGAACUGGAAAUUGAAUUUUCCCGCCGGAAAAGGUGGACGCUCGCUUCUAUUAUCGAUUAUUUUGUUUUCCCAAUCUCUGGAACAGUUUUUGGGAGCGUUCCACUGUUGCAAGCCAUUGUAUCGCACUUUUGGACGGACAAGCUGGUGUACGUGGUGAGUGCAAAGCCUGUCAAAGCUGGUGGCCAAGGGCAGAAGGAGCAAGAAGCGAAUGCCUAA